AGCCGAGCAAAGAUCCAUAUUAAUGCAGUGACGUACAUAUGUAAUUGCAACUCUGCUUUCCAGCGAUUCCAACCACAUGUUUUAUUGAACUUGUGCCAGAAGCAGAGAACCUUCUCUGUCAAAAGUGCAAAAAAUUUCGAUGGAAGAAAGUUCUGAUCGUAUUUUCCUUUAUCGCAUAUCCUAGGAAUGCAUUGGACGUACUUCCAGGAAAAGCGGCGCAACCUUGCCAAAUUUAUAACGAAGCGAAAACUUACCAAUUUUUCUCUUUCAACAAUUUCUACAGUGCGACCUAGGAAGUGGUGCAGCUGAAUUUUAGGAAAAAUAAGCAGUAUCCGAAGGCGAAAUUCUAAAAUUCUGAUUGAAGAUAACGUUUUUUUGUAUAACGAGAACAAUUUGAGUUUUAGAAUACUGAAAAAUACAUUCUGAUUGUAGCAGCUGGGACGGCUCUGGCCAAUAAUACCUCACUGUCAUUCGCGAUUUCAGCAUCUAAUACUGCAACACGGGCAACAAAAACAACAGCUGUCACAACAGCAAAAGUAGCAGCAGUAAGCGCAAAGACCAUUGAGAUGAACAAUAAAGCUGACGUCAACAGGCGAGUUUUGGCCAUACAGGCCAAGAAGAAACGCCAUAAGCCUAAUAAGAAACGUGGUAAACCCAAUGGUGUCGCAGGAGGUACCGGCGCUGGAGGUGGCCAGACACCGGGAAAUUCUAAUAAUAGCAACCAAGGUGGCGCUCCUCCUACAUCUCCACUUUCGCCAGAAUGCGAAAUUAAUCCGAAAAUGUCGAAAUCUUUUAGCGGAGCUCCGUCGACUAGCGGCACAGGUUCAUUGACUGUCAAUACACCUGCUACAGGCUCGGCCAACAAUUUGGACGACAUUUCACAUAUAAAGGGUGCGGCGAAUAAUGCUGGUAAUAGUGGUGGAAGUAGCGGCGGAUUGGGCAAGAAGCAGCCUGCUAACUAUCAGCAGCAAUUUGUGCAGCCACAACAACACCAGCAACAGCAAAAGUGUAUGAGUAGUUUACAAGUGCAGCAACAAUUUCAGAAUUUACAACAGCAGCAAUACGACGAUGCUCAGCAUCAAAUGCAGCAACAAUAUCAGUACCCGCCACGCAGCUCAUCAAAUGAUUCCGAAGACUCGGAAUUAAAUAGUGAAAAUGAAGAGCAAGAACUAAAGGAAGACUACUGCAAAGGUGGCUAUCAUCCUGUAAAUAUUGGCGAUCUCUUUCAAGGACGUUAUCACGUUGUACGCAAAUUGGGAUGGGGUCACUUCUCCACCGUCUGGCUGUGCUGGGAUCUACAGGAAAAGCGUUAUGUGGCCAUAAAAAUUGUAAAAUCCGCACAUCACUUCGCCGAGACAGCUAAGGACGAAAUAAAGAUACUCAAAUCGGUGCGUGAUUCGGAACCAAGCAAUCCGCGUCGCCAAAAAACGGUGCAGCUGUUAGACGACUUCAAGAUAACUGGAGUAAAUGGCACUCACAUUUGCAUGGUGUUCGAGGUGCUCGGCGACAAUCUACUCAAACUCAUACGCAAGUCCAAUUAUCGCGGCAUACCCAUUGAUAAUGUGAAAUCAAUCACACGUCAGGUGCUCGAAGGUUUGGACUACUUACACACUUGCUGCAAGAUCAUACAUACCGACAUCAAGCCGGAAAAUGUGCUACUUUGUGUUGAUGAUCAAUAUGUGCGUUCGUUGGCGAACGAAGCCACAGAGCUGUAUGUGAUGAAUUAUAAAAUGUUUCCGUCUUUUGUAAGCCGCGCUCCCAAGGAGUAUCGGGAACCACAAAUUACUGGUAAAAUGAGUAAAAAUAAGAAGAAGAAACUAAAAAAGAAAGCAAAGAAACGUUUGGAGUUGUUUAAGAAACAAUGGGAUUACUUGGAACAGAGCAGUGGCGGACCGGGUGGCGAAGCGCCAGCCGAGGGUGCCGAAGGAACUGAAUUGUCCAAUGAUGGUAUUGGCGAUGGUCGUGGUGAGCAACGUUCGCGAUUGAAGGGUGGUAAAAUGAUGAAUGGCGACGCAACUGAUCCAGAAGAUGGUCAGGAAGACGAGGAUGAAGGCGAUGAUGAAUAUGCUGAACAGGAUGUUAUCGCUGAGGAGAACGCAGCAGAUGCUGACGCCGAUGAUGAUGAUGAAGAGGAGCAACUGCAAGAACGCACUAGCAAUAAUUCAAAUUCGAGUUCUCCACGAAAGCAGCAGAAGCAGAAAGCAGUCAAGGCAGCAGUAGAGCAAGUUAUUACCAACAGUGUUGGUGGAGAUAAGAAGAAAAAGAAGAAGAAAAAUAAGAAAAAUCCAGCACAACAACAACAACAUCAAAAGGAGAUAGAUAAACAUCAACAACAAAAUGAUAACAAAUCGACAUCCAGCAGUGACAGUCAUACCAUCAAAGACGAACUAAAUGACUCAGGCUCCUCCUCACCGACCCUCAAAGGACAAUCAGUAAAUAAGAAAGUUUCAGCGACAAAAACUGCCGACACAAAGGCAAGUAAAACGCAAAAUAACAAUAUUAAAAACAAUAAUAAUUCGAAUGCGUCUAAUACGAGCAUGACAACAACUGCAAAACAAAACUCCAAUAAUAAUGAGAAAGUUGUCAAUUGCACCGUGACAACAGCAACAGCAACAACCCAACAAUCCAAAUCAGAACCGACGAUAUACGCGACUUCACUAGCAUCGCCGCCGGCCGUAAAGCCGAUCCCGCGACAAGACCCCGCCCUGGAGACGUGCAAAUUCGAUGUGAAAAUCGCCGAUCUUGGCAACGCGUGCUGGGUUGACAAGCACUUCACCGAGGACAUACAAACGCGUCAGUAUCGUUCGCUGGAGGUUAUACUUGGCGCUGGCUAUGACACCUCAGCUGACAUUUGGAGUACUGCAUGCAUGGCUUUUGAAUUGGCCACCGGCGAUUACCUGUUCGAGCCACAUUCGGGCGAAAAUUAUUCACGUGACGAGGAUCACAUUGCACACAUUAUCGAACUACUGGGACCGAUACCGCAUAACAUUAUCCUACGUGGUGCGUACGCAUCGCAAGCGUUCAAUCGCAAGGGUGAAUUGCGCAACAUCACUGGCUUGAAGCCAUGGGGAUUGGUCGAUGUGCUUUCGGAGAAGUACGAAUGGCCGCGCGAUGAUGCGGAGGCGUUUGCUGAUUUUCUCGUACCAAUGCUGGAGUUCGAUCGUGCGAAGCGUGCAACGGCUGCGGAUUGCCUGAAGCAUCCGUGGCUGAGAUAAAAUACGAUGAUUUGCUGUUGCACGUUUGCGCCAGCACCAACCAUAACACCAACAAUAGAGGCGGUAUUGCCGCCGCCGUCAACGUCUGCGUCUGCGUCAUUGUCACCGUCGCCAUUGACGUUGCCGUUGCCAGUACAGCUAACACCAACAUCCACGCAGAUGUCACUCUCCCUAUCUCCAUCUCCAUCGCCAUCGCCGUCUUGCGCCUCACAUGCUACGGCCUUAACCAACACCAUUGGUGGCAGCGACAUGGUGGCGGCAGCAGCAAUGGCAGAACUGGAUGUGGCACGGUGUACAUCGUUGCGCAAACCGUUGGCAGCAAAAAAAACCACUUCGCUACCGUUGCCGUUGUUGUCGCAUAAGUGCACUAUGCGUUCGGUGUCCGGCGGCGCAGUAACGCCCUCAUCUUCAGCCGCAGCAUCGUCGGCGGGACAGGCGCUGUGUUGGCGCAACACGCUGCGACGUAUGUUUCAGCGCAAGUGACGAUGGCUAAUACGCGCGCGGCGGCGCCGGCAACGUGAGCGCGCACUUUGGCAUUGUCGUUGGCGUGGACGCGGCAAGCGGCGUCGUGUGGUGGUGUUGGCGUUGGCGCAUGCGCGCUAUUAUUGAGAGUGGUUAGAAUUGGAUUGCAUAUUUAUUAAUAAAAUAAUAAUAAUUUAAAAUAAUACAAAUAUUAUAAAUGAGGCGUGAAUUAGAAAAGGAUGCACACAAUAGCGGUAGCGCGGCAGCCAGAGCACCAACAACAGCAAGAGUUACAACAAUAGCAGUGCAGCAAUAAUAAAUUACAUGCAAGGCGUUUGAGAUAAUUGUUUUUAUAAUGUUUAUAUUUGAUUGAAUGUUUUUUUUUAUUACUGUGCAAUUUUCUUCCGAAUACAAAUAUUUUAUUUAUGCAUAUGAAACUGAAAUCCUAAACCGAAGUGAACACAUUCUUAUUUUAUUUUAUUUAAGAAAUUUUGCAACUUUUUUUUUCAAAUUUUAAAUAACUUUUGAUUGAGGGAAGUUGGCUAAAAGAACAACGAAACUUACGACAGGGACUCGAAAGCGCGCUUUAAAAUAUGUACAAUUUUUAGCUUUUCGGCAGUUCUGAAUGCAAAUCAAACAUAUGAGAUUAAAAAAUAAUAUUCAGCGUUAAGUCUAGUUAAAUUGCAUUGAUUUAAAA